AAGCAUGCCCACUACAAGCACCACUGUCGCACACACUCGCCCUGUUUUACUCAUACGCCCUGGUCACGACAGCGCCCCCAUCAGGUCCCACCGACACCAACCGGAGGUAAUGUGAACGCUAACAGAGGGCGUCUAACCGACGCGAGCGCCUACGCUUUGACCCUGCUGGGGGCAACAUACCCCCUAUAUAAGGUGCACGAGGCUCAGACUCCGCGCCGGAAGAGGUGCCAGCGGCAGAAGAGCACCCCCGCCGGGCCAGCUCCAGCUCCAACCCCAGCCGGGGAUCGCCACCGAGCGCAGCACAGAGACUGUGGAAGCGCGAGGAUUCAUCGACAGCAUGGAGCCUCGUCCUGGGUGCAGCCACUAUGACGCCGGCUACCGCAGCCUGGGAGCCCACGAGAGGGAGGAAGAACUGCGCGAUGUGAAGCCUACCUUGACCGGGGUGAUUAAAACACGAGGAGACGAGGAGGAGACGCUGUCCGAAACUGGGAACGGGGCAGACGCAGCAGGCGAUCUUGGUGCGAGAGGGCGCAGCCUCUUGGACCGCGAAACUCCUGAGGGAGGGCGUGGCGGCCGCGUGGAGCCGCCGCUGCAGCGGGAGGAGCCUCCCCCGCCGGCGGAGGGGCCACAGAUCGUGGAGAGGAACCGGCGCCGCUACCGCACCGUCUUCACCCAGCUGCAGCUGUACGAGCUCGAGCUCAUCUUCCAUCGCACUCCGUACCCCGACGUGCUCGCUCGAGAGGAGAUUGCAGGACGGCUGAAUCUGAAUGAAGGCCGAGUGCAGGUUUGGUUUCAGAACAGAAGGGCCAAGUGGAGAAGACACCAGAGGGCACAGCAGUUAAGAAAUCUGGUCCCCAUCGCCAUGGGUCCCCCUGUGGGGGUCACCUUUGAUGGGCUCUAUCCUGUAGUCCCUGUUCUAGAGGCUGCUUGGAGAUAUGUUCCUCUAGUGCCAUGGCCACUAGUGCCACCAGGGCCACCCCCACCACUUGUGGUACCCGAGCCACCCGUGAUGCCUGUGCCACCCCCAGCACCUGCACCUCCGUUUCCUGUGGCCCCUAUAGGUAUGGCAUGGGACCCUGUCAUCAACGGUCCUUACGCAGGUCCCAUUUUCUGAAGUAUGGUCUUUGUGACAGUUUUUCCAAAGUAUUUUUCUGCCAGAUAUGAAUUGUGCGUGGCACAACAUCAAGAGUUAUUCAUCAAAUACCUGUUAAAUGAACUGAAUAAAUGAACAAAAUCA